UUUUUGAUGGUAGAACAAUUUUCUGUGGGAGCGGAUACGAAUGCCUGCAACAAACACGAUCAGAUCGACACGAGAGAAAUUUGAUCUAGAGACGGACCCGCCAUGCCACAUCGACGGCUUUUGUUGUUGUGUCUGAUACAAUGCGUGGUCGCGAAUGGCUUCAGUGUGCAGCCACAAAGCCCCUCGUUCCGUCCGGAACGAAGCGGACUCGACAUUAACUCCAAUCCCAGGAUCGGCCCAUCCCUAGUUCAACCUUACACAAACGGCGAGGCUUCCACAAAUGUUAGCGAUGGCACGACUGCUAUUAUUCUCAACACAAAUGCUCGGUCCGUCACGAAGGAUCUGGAACCGCUCGCGGCCUCUAUUUUUGGAACCUCCCACGUCUUUUGUACGACGACCGAAGUCGAAGCGAAGCAAGCAGCCGACCACAUUGUCCAAAACUUGCAAAGCUACAAGCUCGUCGUCCCCGUUGGCGGUGAUGGCACUCUAGCGAGUAUGAUUAACUAUCUUUGCGACAGUAUUGGUGGAGACGUGGACGAAGCUAUGGGCAAACUACCACUCAUUGGAUACAUUCCCCUCGGUACCGGCAACGGGGUCGGUUCCGUGAUAGGGUGUCGCCUUUCGCGUGGAUUGGCACGGGGCACUAAACGACGGAAGCGUAAACGACUCGAACACAUCAUGAAUGCACUGCGCCGUGUUGGUCAGGGAACUUUACCGAAGAGCAACGAUUUUGAAGUAGUGGAGAUGCCCAUGAUGGAAGUUACGCAUCCCGUGGACGGCCAAGUUCCAACACCACGGGGAGACCUGUGCUUCUUUGCGGGAGUCGGGUUUGAUUCACUCAUGCUGAAUGAUUUCAAGAACAUCAAAGCCUGGUCACACAAAACGGGUAUUUUGCGUGAUUUUCUGGGCUCAGUGGCAGGGUACUGCGUCGCUCUAGUUGUCAAAACUUUGCCAAAGUGUUUGGUAAGGGGGGAGCACAAUAUUCGAGUCGAGCUAACAAGUAACGAUCCCGACUGUGUAUGGGUAGACCAUCGUCGUGGGGACAUGGUCCGACCCUGUGGCGAAGCCAAACUAUACGAAGGAACGACAGGCAUUUUAGCGGCUGGGACGUCUCCCUUCUACGGAGGCGGUCUUCGAUUAUUUCCAUUUGCCCGCAUGACGUUAGACAAGAUGCACUUGAGAUUGGGACGCAUUCACCCGGUUGAUGGCUUUGUAAAUAUUCCAAGCAUCUUUGCCGGCUCCUAUCGCGACAAAAGUGACAGGUUUGGCUGUCUGGAUUUUAUCGGGGACGACUUUGAAGUUAGAGUGCAGUCGACUACGGCCGCCCCAAACAGUGACGGUAGAGGAUAUCCGUUUCAGCAUUCUGGUGAGAGCAUUGGGCAUGUAGAGAGGUUUCGGUUGCGAGUAGUCAAAAAUUCGGUACGCUUUGUAAGCUUUCUAAAGCCACGACUUGAAAGAGAUGAUUGA